AUCGCUAAUUACUGCAACAAUUCAAUCAACUCUUCUUAUCUUCAGAUGAAGCCGAGUUGUCUCUAGGAUCAGACACUGCCGGGUUUGGUCGUCGCGGUUCUUCAUGGGGCGGAAGGCCCUUCAACUGGCCACGACUUUCGUCGUGUUCCAGGUUCUCCUGCUGCAAGUACACUGUAUCAGGACCAAACUGAGAAAACAACGGUCCAGGCCGGUGCAAGCUCAACAACCUGCGAACGGGAAUUACGAUUACGAUUAUUACGAGAGUUACGAUGAGUAUGAAGACAGGAACGAAACGGUACCAAUGCCUUCACUCAUAACUACCCCAGCUAACACUGAUAGUACAGAUAGAGACGAGUCAUCCGCGGAGGGAUUGCGAUCCGUCUAUGGAUCAGCAUCUCCCACCGAUCUACCAACCCCAACAACAACUCGAUUUUUUCAUCCAGAAUUGUCUGAUGUCAUAAGUGCAACUUCAGAAAGAGAUAAUCCGCCACCGACGGAAAUCGUGCCUGGUGAAAGUAAUGUAGUAAAUUCGGUUGCCAUGCCUGGACCGAGGGGUGAACCUGGUCGACCAGGUGACAUUGGCCGUCCAGGCGAUGCUGGAUUUCCUGGACAACCAGGGACACCAGGAGUGCCAGGACCUCCGGGACCACCAGGCUCCGUACCUGAUGUAUCGAUGUACUAUCAACAAUUGGCUUUGUCCCAAGCAAAUCAAGAUAAAGGUCCAACAGGAGCUGCAGCACCGCUGUAUGGUCCAGAAGCUUAUCUACAAACUCAAGUUGGUCCCGUCGGUCCCCGUGGUCCAGCGGGCCCGCCGGGUCCAUCUGGACCACAAGGCUUUCAAGGUGUACGUGGUGAACCUGGAGAACCUGGACCUGUCGGUCCUCCAGGUGCACCAGGUCCUCGAGGAUUACCUGGCUUGUCUGGAAAAGAUGGCAAUACUGGUGAAGACGGAGAACCGGGUCCCCCGGGAUCAGCUGGCCCAGUUGGUCCGAGAGGUCUCCCAGGGAUGCCUGGACUUCCUGGAGCUAAAGGACAUCGUGGAUUUCCUGGACUAGACGGAGCAAAAGGAGAACAGGGUGUGUCAGGAGAAAAGGGAUCUCUAGGUGCACCUGGUCCUAUGGGUCCGAUGGGUCCAACGGGUCCCGCGGGUCCACGUGGUGAACGAGGCAGAGAAGGCCCAUCAGGACCACCAGGAAUUAGAGGAGUAGACGGAAUUCCUGGGCCUCCUGGACAACCUGGUGCGGUAGGUAAGUCAGGUCCACCCGGUUAUCCAGGUAGUCCUGGUAUGAAAGGAGAUCAAGGAGCUCAAGGACCGAAAGGAAGUCAAGGGUUACAAGGCCCGCGAGGGGAAACCGGUCGUCCAGGACAGCCUGGCGAAUCAGGACCACAAGGGCCACAGGGGAAAGAUGGUAUACCUGGAGAUAAAGGAAGUGUUGGAUCGCCUGGUUUGGUCGGCACGCCAGGUUUCCCGGGAGCUCGAGGACAACCAGGAAUACCUGGCAAUCCUGGUACGCCUGGAAUGAAAGGAAUGCCGGGACUUUCGGGUGAAAGAGGAUUCAAGGGUGACAGUGGAUCUAAAGGUGAUUCAGGUACACCAGGGCCACGUGGUUUGCCUGGUCCUCCUGGAAACGAAGGAAAAAGAGGGAAACGAGGAAUGCGUGGUCCAAGUGGUGCAUCGGGUCCCCCUGGAGAACGUGGCAGUCCUGGAGCACCUGGCCUUUCUGGACCAGAUGGACCUAUGGGACCUAAAGGUCAAUCUGGAGAUCGCGGGAUGUCUGGUUUACCAGGACCUAAAGGUAGUACAGGAGAUCCCGGUCGUCCGGGACCAGCCGGAUUACAGGGAACUCGUGGGAUCAUGGGCCGUCCUGGUGCCCCAGGGAAGCCUGGGAAUCCAGGGGAUAGAGGAAUUCAAGGUGCUGAUGGAAGACCUGGUGAACAAGGCCCAACUGGUAUACAAGGUUUACCUGGACCAAUAGGUCUGCCAGGAGAGAAAGGAUACCCGGGUGAAGCAGGCAAAGCCGGAGAACCAGGAAAUCCUGGACCACCUGGUCCUAGAGGCGAUACAGGAAAGGAAGGAGCACCUGGUCCACAAGGUUCACCUGGUCCAUCAGGAGCAGAUGGUGAACGAGGUCCUCCUGGUGUACCUGGUGCUAGAGGUUUCCAGGGUUUUCCAGGUGCGAUUGGUAACCCAGGUACACCAGGCAAGGAUGGAGAACCGGGUGUACAAGGACCGCCAGGUCUAAUUGGUAUACCUGGUAACAGAGGUGAGCGCGGAUUUCCGGGGGAAAGAGGGCAAGCAGGUGUGCCAGGACCUGUAGGACCAAAAGGUGAACGAGGAUCACAAGGACUUGAUGGACCUCCUGGAUCACCAGGUGAAAAGGGAGAUAGAGGAACCCCUGGUCCGUCUGGACUUUUAGGUUUGCCGGGAUUGCGGGGCGUUCCUGGAGAAUCAGGCCCAAAAGGAGAAAGAGGAUCCAUUGGCCCAUCCGGUCCCGAGGGACCAUCAGGACGCAUUGGAGAACGUGGACCACAAGGUUUAGUUGGCCCACCAGGCCCCCCAGGUGAACCAGCUGAACGAGGAGAUCCUGGUUUACCUGGUUCUCCAGGAGAAGUUGGAGCUCCUGGUAGCCCAGGGGAAAGAGGACCACAAGGUUUGCAAGGAUCUCAAGGAUUUCCAGGACCACAAGGACUUGUUGGUUUACCGGGAUUAAAAGGUGAUCGAGGUUAUCCGGGUUUAAAAGGAGAUCAAGGAAAUUCAGGUCUUCCAGGAACUCCUGGUGAAAUGGGACCACCCGGCUUAAUUGGACUGACGGGAGCUAAAGGAGUGAGAGGUGAACCAGGUCUUCGAGGAGAACCUGGCAUUAUGGGACCACCUGGGAUACCAGGAGUAGUUGGAGCAGCUGGACCACCAGGUGCAGUUGGACCACUAGGUCCUCCUGGACUACCAGGUAAUAAGGGUACUGCUGGAGAAACAGGACGACCUGGAAGUCCUGGUCCAAUUGGAAUCCCCGGUUUACCCGGAGCAGACGGAAACAAAGGCGAAAGUGGAUCUCAAGGACCACCAGGUUCACCUGGACCUCAAGGACCUCAAGGUACACCUGGUGAAAGAGGUACACCAGGAUUACCAGGACCUUCUGGACCAGUAGGUGCUAGAGGAUUACGAGGUGCAACUGGUGAAUCUGGAAUACCCGGAAAACCAGGAGCAGAAGGUCCACCAGGACCUCCUGGUUUAAUAGGACCAAUCGGCCCAGCAGGACCUCCCGGAGAAAUUGGAGUAGAAGGACCUACUGGUAAACCAGGACCUCCUGGAAUAUCUGGUCGUCCUGGAGAUAAAGGACCACCUGGAAUUGUUGGACCACAGGGAUUACCUGGUCCUGCAGGUUUACCGGGACCUCCUGGCCAAGCAGGACCACCAGGGGCAGUUGGAGAAAGAGGUUCAAAAGGAGAAGCUGGUCCGCAGGGUGUAGAAGGACAACAAGGACCUAGAGGAAAACCUGGACCUAUAGGAUUAGAAGGUCCGAAAGGUGAUCGCGGAGAGGAAGGCUUGAAAGGUGCCAAAGGACAUAGAGGGUUUACAGGUUUGCAAGGUUUACCUGGAUCCGUUGGUCCACCAGGAGAGAAAGGUAUUCCCGGACCACCUGGACUACCUGGUAAAGAUGGAGAACCUGGAAUCAGGGGUAGUCCUGGUAGAGAUGGUAGUCCUGGACCAAUUGGAUUAACGGGUAAUCCUGGAUCAAAGGGACCUUCUGGUGAUGAAGGUCGUCAUGGACUACCAGGUCCGCCUGGUCCUCCAGGACCUCCAGGUCCACCUGGUGAACUUGGAUUAGGGUACGAUGCUGCUUCGUUAGCUGCACUUUUAGGGCAAGGUCAAACUAAAGGUCCGGACCCACUGAUUGGUGAUGAACCUCCUAGGAUAUUUACUCAAGAAAUGUCAGAAGAAGAAAGACGAGAAUUUAUAUUAAAAGCAUACAAACAAUUGACCUUAUCUUUCAAAAAAUAUAUAAAACCAGAUGGUGACAAAAAUUCGCCUGCGAAAACAUGUAGGGACCUUUACGUUGCUUAUCCCGACAAGCCUUCUGGAGAGUAUUGGAUAGAUCCAAAUGAAGGUGAUUCUAGGGAUGCUAUUUUAGUAUAUUGUGAUGCUAAAAAACGUGCGACAUGCUUGUUACCAAAUCCAGUACGUUCACCAGAAAUGAAAUACAUUACUGAUCAACAAGAAACUUGGUUAAGUGAAAUUGAGAAUGGAAUGAAGAUUACUUAUAAAUCAGAUAGCAAUCAAGUUGGCUUCCUACAAUUGUUAUCAAAGAACGCUUAUCAAAAUAUAACAUAUAAUUGUAAAAAUAGUGUGGCAUAUUUUGAUUCUGAAAGAAAAACAUACAGAAAAGGUAUGAAACUAUUGACAUGGAAUGAUGUUGAAUUAACACCACGUGGAAAUCAACGUCUUAGAUAUGAAAUGAUAAAAGAUGAGUGUCAGUUACGUGGUGCAGAAUGGGGCAAAACUAUAAUCUCAUAUGAAACUGACAAACCUGUAAGAUUGCCUAUAAUAGAUAUUGCUCUACGAGACAUUGGAAAACCAGAUCAAAGUUUUUACAUAGAAAUUGGCGCUGUUUGUUAUGAAUAAAUGCAUCCUUCAGCAUACAUGGCUAUCAUACUAUAUGGCAUAAAAGUAUCUGUACUUUGGCAUUUUUAAUCAUUUCUUUGAAUAAUUUCAUAGAUACUGCUCAAAACAUUUAGGACUUUAAAUUUAGCUCAUAUGGUCUAUUAGCAUUAAAAUUGCAAACAGACAUUACUAUAUAUUAAUUUAUAUGUAAAGUUCUGUGUUUUGAGUAACAUUAUAAAAUAAAUGGUAAAAUAGUAUUAUUUCUAAUUCUUAAAGUAAUUGUUUUAUUGUAAUCAUACAACAGUGUAAGGCAUUUGCGACGUAUUUAUCACAUUUUAUACGUUAAGAUUAGUAUGCUAUUAUUUUCUUGCAUACUUGGAGGUGAUUUUAUAAAAUAAUACAUCCUAAAUGUAAAUGUAAGAAACAUUAUAUGUAGUGUAUAUGUACUUAUAGAAUUUUGUAAAUCCUAGUAAUAUUAAGAAUAAUAAUUUGAUUUAUAAUUACAAAAUUAAUUUAUAAAAAUUAAAUUUAAA